AUGAAAGCCCUGGGAUUUGAACAUUGGUGGAUUAAUCGCAACGGGGAUUUAAUGGGAGUAACUAAGUGUAUCGAUAUGUAUGUUUAUUUAUGUGAUUCAAAAAAUUAUCCGUUGUCAAUAAAUAAUGUUCAAUUAAAGCCUAUAUUACCAAAACAUUUACCUGUGCAACUUUCAGUGAUGAUAAAAUGUGUUGCUAACUGUAUUUCAGUUGACGAAGUUAAGACUGAAUUAGAAAGUCAAUUCACAAAAAUUUUUGCUAUUGUUGACAUUUUUGGAAGUAAAAAUUUGAGAAAUGGACAUGUACGAAUGGAUCUAGCGUCAAAAAGUGAGCAUCUGUCGACGAAUUAUGUAUGUCCAAUUCUAACACAAUAUCGAAAAGAUUUAGUAGCUGAGCUAAAACGAAGACCAGAUCUAAUUCCAAAAGAUGUGCAACUCUUUAUCCCGGUGAACGACAAAAACAACAGAACUUUAGGAAAUAAUAAUAAUAGCAAUUUGAAACAACAAAAAUUGCAAGAAUACAAUAAUUAUACGAAUAUAAAUCCUUGGACUAGUGGUAAUUUAGCAGUCACGACUCCAACAUAUAAACAACAUCAAGAGUUUAGUUUGAAAAUGAAAAUGAUAAAUGAUGAAUUAGAGGAAAUAAAACGUGAAUAUGCGAAAGAAAAAAUAUCAUUUAAACAGAGAUACGACAAGCAAUU